AAGAGAGACAUUUCUGCACAUGCCCAUAAUGUUCUUCACCACUGGGGGCAGCUUUACAUAAGACUGCAUUCACUGAAACCAAAGCAACAGUCCGAGCAGCUUUCAGAAUGACAGUCUGCAGAAGUGAGCUGAGCGUGUGUGCGGUACGGGGCUCUCCUGCCUCCUGGGCUCCAACGCAGCUUUGUGGCUGAAGUGGGUGCUCACCACCAGAAAUGCUGGGCUAUGGAAUACAGAUGUGGCAGCUCAGGUAGCCCCACGUUGCCUGGAGGAAUACAUCAUGCUUUCCGAUAAGAAGAAAUUGUAGAAGCCAGUUUUUUUUUUUUUUUAAACGUUCCCCCCCCACCAAAAAAAAAAAAACUGUAAAGAUGCAAAAACGUAAUAUCCAUGAAGAUCCUAUUACCUAGGAAGAUUUUUUUGAUGUUUUGCUACAAAUGCGGUGCUGGAAUUUAUUUGUUCUUGGAGUGUUCUGCGUGGCUGGCAAAGAAUAAUGUUCCAAAAUCGGUCCAUCUCCCAAGGGGUCCAAUUUUUCUUCCUGGGUGUCAGCGAGCCCUGACUCACAGUGCAGCUGACAGGGGCUGUCAUGCAAGUGGCCCCUUAAGCCAAAGCAAAAGACCUAAGGACGACCUUUGAACAAUACAAAGGAUGGGUUUCAAUGUAAUUAGGCUACUGAGCGGAUCAGCUGUAGCACUGGUUAUAGCCCCCACUGUCUUACUGACAAUGCUUUCUUCUGCCGAACGAGGAUGCCCUAAGGGCUGUAGGUGUGAAGGCAAAAUGGUAUAUUGUGAAUCUCAGAAAUUACAGGAGAUACCCUCAAGUAUAUCUGCUGGUUGCUUAGGUUUGUCCCUUCGCUAUAACAGCCUACAAAAACUUAAGUAUAAUCAAUUUAAAGGGCUCAACCAGCUCACCUGGCUGUACCUUGACCAUAAUCAUAUCAGCAAUAUUGAUGAGAAUGCUUUUAAUGGAAUACGCAGACUCAAAGAGUUGAUUCUGAGUUCCAACAGAAUCUCCUAUUUUCUCAACAAUACCUUCAGACCUGUGACAAAUUUACGGAACUUGGAUCUGUCCUAUAAUCAGCUGCAUUCUCUGGGAUCUGAACAGUUUCGGGGCUUGCGGAAGCUGCUGAGUUUACAUCUAAGGUCUAACUCCCUGAGAACCAUCCCCGUGCGAAUAUUCCAAGACUGCCGCAAUCUGGAACUUUUGGACCUGGGAUAUAACCGGAUCCGAAGUUUAGCCAGGAAUGUCUUUGCUGGCAUGAUCAGACUCAAAGAACUUCACCUGGAGCACAAUCAAUUUUCUAAGCUCAACCUGGCCCUUUUUCCAAGGUUGGUGAGCCUUCAGAACCUUUACUUGCAGUGGAAUAAAAUCAGUGUCAUAGGACAGACCAUGUCCUGGACCUGGAGCUCAUUACAAAGGCUUGAUUUAUCAGGCAAUGAGAUUGAAGCUUUUAGUGGACCUAGUGUUUUCCAGUGUGUCCCAAAUCUGCAGCGCCUCAACCUGGAUUCCAAUAAGCUUACAUUUAUUGGUCAAGAGAUUUUGGAUUCUUGGAUAUCUCUCAAUGACAUCAGUCUUGCCGGGAAUAUAUGGGAAUGCAGCAGAAAUAUCUGUUCCCUGGUAAACUGGCUGAAAAGUUUUAAAGGUCUGAGGGAGAAUACAAUUAUCUGUGCCAGUCCCAAAGAGCUGCAAGGAGUAAACGUGAUCGAUGCCGUGAAGAACUACAGCAUCUGUGGCAAAAGUACCACGGAGAGGUUUGAUCUGGCCAGGGCUCUCCCCAAACCGACAUUUAAGCCUAAGCUUCCCCGGCCGAAGCACGAGAGCAAGCCCCCCCUGCCCCCCACGGUGGGAGCCACGGAGCCCAGCCCAGAGACCGAUGCUGACACCGAGCACAUCUCUUUCCAUAAAAUCAUCGCAGGGAGCGUGGCCCUUUUCCUGUCCGUGCUCGUCAUCCUGCUCGUUAUCUACGUGUCAUGGAAGCGGUACCCUGCGAGCAUGAAGCAGCUACAGCAGCGCUCCCUCAUGCGAAGGCACAGGAAAAAGAAAAGACAGUCCCUAAAGCAAAUGACUCCCGGCACCCAGGAAUUUUAUGUAGAUUAUAAACCCACCAACACGGAGACCAGCGAGAUGCUGCUGAAUGGGACGGGACCCUGCACCUAUAACAAAUCAGGCUCCAGGGAGUGUGAGAUACCUUUAUCAAUGAAUGUGUCAACCUUUCUGGCAUACGACCAGCCCACAAUAAGUUACUGUGGGGUGCAUCAUGAACUUCUCUCUCAUAAGUCCUUUGAAACGAAUGCACAGGAAGAUACGAUGGAAUCACACCUAGAGACUGAGCUGGACCUGAGCACAAUCACAACAGCUGGCCAAAUCAGUGACCAUAAACAGCAGCUGACUUAACUGAGCUAAUUGGUAGCCAAGGGUUGCCACCAAACUUUGUAACCUCAAGGACAAAAUGAGGAAAAUUUGUUCAUUGUGGACUCUAAAAGCAAAACACAACAAAAAUCCCCUGUUAAACAAAAAUCCAAGAUUUAUUCAUGAAAUAAAGAAGACAUGAAUUGU